ACAGCCGAAGGCUAUCGCAAACGGCUAACGGAAAGACGAUUGACUGUGUUUUUCGCACUCGUAGUACAACUUCUGAGCCCAAAUAAAGAGAAGAGCAAAAAGAAGUCGGUCUCGAAGAUCAAGAAGAGAAACUCUUCGGCCGAUAAGCUGUUAAACACGACCGCAUCCAAGGGAUUGCUGUCGACCACAACCUCGAAGUCCAAUAAAUUGAUUAGAAGUCAAAAGGCUAUCAAGAAAUCAGUGUUGAGUUCAAAGCAAAAGUUACCGAAAAAUAAACUUUCGGUGAAAAAUGCUAAACAAACGACUGCCCCGUCUAUACCAACAGUUAACUUCUCUAAUGGUCUGAGUAGUGAACAAAAGGAUAAAGCGGUGGAAAUAGUGACAGAUAUCAUACAAAACACGAAUCAAAGCACGGAUUUAGUGGACUGUAUUCGCAAAGAACUGGAGCGCGAGUUAGGCCUCAGGAGUAAUGUCAUCCUAUCGUCCACACCAUUCAUGGAUCAGUCUUUGAGCAAAAUUCCCGGAUCUGUUGCCAUGCAAUUGGGCGUCAAUAACAUGUUUAACACCAACGAUAUGCUGGUCUCAGUCUUCGGCGUAAUGAAUGGCAACGAAUUCAUCGAGAGAUCGAGUAAUUUGAUGAAAAGGGCUCAGAAGUUGUCGCCGCGAAUCAUCGACUCAUUGAUGAGCACUGAUAUGAAACAAGAGAUACAAAAGUUGUCGACAAAAGUGGUGAGGAAUGCGAAAUCAAUGGCAGAAUUGAGCGAUCAGUUGAGUGAAGUGAUCAACGAUAGGUACGGCACGCACUGGCAUACAGUGGUCGGCCAUAAGGACAUGAUGUCAGUCGACAAUCACAGAAAGUCGUCCAUAUUUUACAUUAAUAUGAAUUUUGGAGACAUGAGAGUCUCGGAUUUAACCCCCGAUUCAGCCCACGAUAUAAGUCGACACCAAAUCGGCAGUCAAUCGGUACGGGAUAUGUCGCGACAUAUAAUGCCAUUUUUCAAUCGACCCGAACGGACCAAUCUAUGGGAUGGCAUGGGAUUUGACACGAGUCGUAUCUUCGAGUCACACUUUGGAUCUAAUCUGACCGACGAUGACUUUUUCGCUCCGAUGGCCGUCACUCCCAGUUAUUACGUGAGACGACGACCGUUCAGGUUUGUGGCGCUCAACCAAUCGCUUAAUACACAAAUUCGUCAAUUAAGUGGUGGCACCAGUCCUGGCAUCCGGAGUGUUGUCCCGCAGUCGCAAGAGUUGGUACAGUCGGACAAAUUUCAAGUGAUGGUCGAUGUGUCGCACUUCACGCCGGAGGAGCUGACGGUGAAGACAGUGGACAACACAAUCGUCGUCACCGCCAAACACGAAGACCGCGCCGACGACUUUGGAUUCAUUUCGCGACAAUUCUCACGAAAGUAUUUAUUGCCCGUAGAUAUCGAUCCGCUGACCGUCACGUCAUCUCUCAGUCCCGAAGGCAUUCUCACUCUUCAGGCACCGCGAAAACAGCCUGAGCUGAAGGAAGGCGAGCGAAACGUCCCGAUCUCACUGUCCGAGUCUUCGCCGAUUCCACAGCCAAAGGAGAUCCCAGUUGUCAACGAAACGGCUCCCAAAUAAUUGAUUCAAUCACUGAUUAUGGCUAUAAUUAACAGAAGUUUGACUGCUUUUGAUUACAAUUAGUUUUGACGAG